CCAAGUUCGAUUAGCGCGCAUUUUGGCACAUUUCCAAAUUCCCCGCCCACCCAGCUACAUAGCCUCCGAAGGUAUUCCUAUUCUUAGAGAGAGAGAGUUCUGAUUUUUGUAGAGAGAGAGAUCCGAUUUGGGUCACAGUGUAUUAUUUACCCGAGGAUCAAGAAGCAGAGAGGGGUGUUUUUUGCGUGGAGAAAUGGGGGGUACGGACUUGAGGGUAUUGACUGAAACCCCCCUUCUUCACCUUGUGCUUCUUGUUUGCUUUGUGAUGUGCAGUGAAGCCGUAUGGUUAACUCUCCCACCCUCUGGUACAAAGUGCGUCUCAGAGGAGAUCCAGAACAACGUUGUCGUCGUGGCCGAUUACGCGGUCCUCUCUGAGGAUCCCUCCCAUGAAGGAGCCACCGUUUCUGUAAAGGUGACUUCUCCUUAUGGAAAUUCACUUCACAACAAAGAUAAUGUGACGUAUGGCCAAUUUGCUUUCACAACUUCAGAGGCAGGUAAUUACUUGGCCUGUUUCUGGGUGCAAAGCAACCCUCAUGGUGGUGGGGCAACUGUCAACCUUGACUGGAAGAUUGGAAUAGCAGCUAAAGACUGGGAGUCAGUUGCACGAAAAGAGAAGAUUGAUGGUGUGGAGCUGGAACUGAGGAAGUUGGAAGGGGCAGUGGAGGCCAUCCAUGAGAAUUUAAUCUAUCUCAAGAGCAGAGAGGCGGAGAUGAGAGAAGUGAGCGAACUGACCAACACAAGGGUGGCAUGGUUCAGCAUCAUGUCAUUGGGUGUUUGCUUGGGUGUGUCGGCCCUUCAGUUGUGGCACUUGAAGCGCUUCUUCCAAAAGAAGAAGCUCAUAUGAAAUAAGGAUCUUUGAGGGAUUUAGGUUGUAAGUUUCUCUUAACUGCUACUUUUUUUUCACCUCAUAGUUGUAAAACUUUUUUGGCCAUUACAAAAGGAAUUCGUGAGUUCGUGCAUUUAUUUACUUUU